ACAACAGUCAUGGAUUAUACCGGAGGAGGUCGUGAGGCCCAGCAUCUUUGUGUGCUGGUUCAUGGGUAUGCUAUGACGUCCUGGAUCUCCAGUGUACCUUCACCGUGGACAGCAUGCUGACAAGACAAUCAAUAGCCUAUGGGGAAACCCAAACCAUCUCAAGGUGAUGGCCCAGAGCCUUCGAGCAAAAUAUCCCGAGGAAAAUCUGCACAUUCUCGUCGCUAAGCGCAACUCUGGCAGCUUUACAUACGAUGGGAUUGAACGUGGUGGCGAACGUGUCUGUUUUGAGAUCGAGGAAGAGAUAGAGAAGUUGGCACGCGCGGGGCAAGAAAUCACACGGAUAUCUCUAGUUGGGUAUUCCCUGGGAGGACUUGUGGCCCGUUUCUGUGUUGGCUUACUCGAUAGCAAAGGAUUCUUCGAAAAGAUCAAGCCGGUAAACUUUACCACCUUUGCUACUCCUCAUCUCGGCGUUCGAACUCCUCUCCGCGGAUGGCACAACCAUGUUUGGAAUGUCUUGGGUGCACGAACACUGUCAGCCUCUGGGCGACAGUUGUUCACUAUUGACAAGUUUCGAGAGACUGGCAUGCCUUUGUUGGAAGUUCUGGCAGACCCCGAGUCGAUCUUCAUCAAGGGACUGGCCAAAUUCGAACGCCGAACCCUCUAUUCCAACAUUGUCAAUGAUAGAAGUGCGGUCCACUACACUACCGGUAUCACCAAGACUGAUCCCUUCACAAACCUUGAAAAGGUCAAGAUCAAUUAUUUAAAAGGUUACGAAGAUGUUAUUAUUGAUCCCGAGAACCCAGUUGCGCCAGUCGAUCCGGAAGACAACGAUACUAGUUUCUACAGUAGUCUCAUCAGAGGUAGCCAGACCACUGUUGGGAGAGUUCCGUUUCUGAUUGCCAUGAUAUUCUUCAUCCCACUUGGUGUCGUCGCAUUCCUGAUCAAUUCUGGUGUCCAAUCUUUCCGAAGCAACAGAAGGAUCAGACUACAUGAGAGAGGUCUUGCUGGUAUUCAACCUGGAAACUACCGUGUCCCACUUCUGAUCACCGGAAUGCGAGAAGCAGUCGAAGACGUGUACGAGAACCUCAACAGUGCCCAGAGUCAUGAGUAUCUCGUUGCAGGAACCGAAGAGGAAGCGGCUCAAGAGGAACCAGGCUCUCCUAUCAUCGAGCGAACUCAAUCCCAUCUGCGAUCCAAGUCUGAUGUCUCGGUUGGAAAAGAAAAGACUGAUCGACAUGACCCUCCAACUCUUGCCCUUGCGCCCUACCAAUUCCGUAUGAUUCAAGCUCUGGACAGUGUUGGCUGGCGUAAGUACCCCGUGUACAUUCACAAAGUGAGACACAGCCACGCUGCCAUCAUUGUUCGAAUGGAGAAGGCCAGUUUUGACGAAGGUCAUGUCGUUUUGCGACACUGGCUUGAUGAGGAGUUUAUACUGUGAUCCAUUUCACUCGAGUUGGAUUCCAUCCAGAAUCUCCAUGAGAUAGGCAUAUGAUGAUUGGUACGAAGAUGAUGGGUAUUUCAUUGGCACUUGAGUGAGCGUUUUUCUAGAUGGUCAUAUUUGCUUCCAGCGACGGGCGUUACUCUAGAAGCGGCUUUGAAGCUUUUCUUUCCAUUUACAGUCAUUCCGAGCGUGAAUAUGUAAACUAGCAACGAAAAGCUACGUGCCUUGCAAGCUUCCUGGUCUUUGAUGUGCUAUUGUGCGGCAAAUGACAUGCCUUAGUUGAGUAUGUCGAGAAUGUUUCGACUCCUAGGACUUUAGUCCAAAGCGAUCCUGUUGUGGAUACCGCUCUCGGGAAAGCCAUUUAAGUACCGUACCAGCUGCGAUUCAUGUCCUUUGCCUCGGAGUUAGCACGAUCUUACGUUGCAAGCAGACUUUCCAAAGGCCACCUGAUUCUUUCUGUUGUUCCAGUGGAGGGUGUAAGACAUGGCAGA